UCACAACAUUCGAGCACGAGGGUAGUUGAUUAAGUUCGUAUUUAACGAAGUGAUUUCGUGAAGCUUUAGUUAUGCUUUUGGAAUAUAAAAUUAAAUAGGAAAUACUUUUCAUUUUGUAUUAAGAUCUGGUUUACCUCGAGUAAUCACGCAGAAAUGAAUGAAAUUCGUGCUUUGCAAAAAUUGAAAAAUGUGACAGAAAUAAUGAUGCUGCAGCCUCUUAAUAUUAAUCUGCGCCUGUUUCAGUAUUUCACUAUUUGUAAAUUGUACUAUUAGUAUUAAUAUUAUACCUUUUCCAUGUUAUAUCGUGUAAUUUGUAAAUUACAAAUACAGUGUCGAUAAACCUUGAUAAAGAGACGUAUAAUAUUAGUAUUUAAACUAAUAAUAGGCUCUAAAAUAAGUGUGACCAUUCAUAAAAUUUAAAGAUGUUUUAAUUUUAUAAUUUAUUUGUUAAAAAAUAGAAGUAGUUAUUUUUUUACUAUGCUGAUAGUUUUAAACUAUAAAGUAAUGAUUUAGUGCUCUAAAGAAACAUUUCACUGGUAAAUACUAGUUAAGAAAAUGGCCAGAAUUAAUGAUGAUCAGCAAGUAUUGUUGGCUGAAGUCAGUGAAGAGGAAUCUACUCAAGAAAGAAGAGGCAUUAGAACAAGUCAAGUCACUUUUAACAGAGGAUGGAAACGCUUUUUUUCAAGUUUAGCAGUAUUACUGACUGUUAUGUUGGAACGAAUAGCAUUUUACUCUCUUGCUGGGAAUCUAUUUUUGUUUUUGAAUCGAAAUCCAUAUAUGUGGGCAUCAUACAAUUCUAUGAAUGCUCUGUUUAUUUUUACUGGGACAACUUUUGUAUCAUCACUGUUUGGAGGAUGGCUUGCAGAUGCAAUAUUGGGUCGGUUUUCAACAAUUUUAGUUGCUUUUGUAACAUACCUAGCUGCCUAUAGUUUUCUUCCAGUGUUAGCAUUAUCAAAAAAUAAAGUUUCAGACUUGUGUUUAUUCCAUAAUUCACCAUCAGUUUUGCCACCAAUCAACAUGACAAAUCAGACAUUACUUUCUCCAUGGUUAGUAGUGCCUAAUAAAGACCAUGAGCCUUGCACCUGGUUGGUAUAUUUGUUGCUGAUAAUCAUAGGCAUCUCUAAUGGGAUUGUUAAGGCAAACAUUGCACCUUUUGGAGCGGAACAGGUUCGAGAAGAGGGAGGCAAGUUUUUGAGGAUAUUUUUUAAUUGGUUUUACUGGUCAGUUAACAUUGGAGCAUUUGUGGCACUUGGAGGGAUGGCCUACAUCCAGCAGUCUACCGAGUAUGGUUUUUAUUUGGGAUACCUGAUCCCAACAGUGUUUCUUGGUGUUGCUGUAAUCAUCUUUGUUGUAGUUCGACCUCUAUACAUCACCCAUCAACCAGCAGGAAGUGUUGUAACUACAGUGUUAUUGAUUCUAAAAAAUGCUUGGAUAUCUUCACGUCUGCAGAGAAGACUUUCAGAUGGCAGAGACUCCUUACCAUCUUGGUUGGACUGGGCCAAGGCUAGAUUUGGUGGAAAGUUUCCUGAUAAUGCAGUGGAAGAUGUUAAGUCACUAGCCAUAAUUCUUAUAGUGUUUGUCUUCCUUGUUCCUUACUGGCUGGUUUAUUUUCAGAUGCAGACCACUUUUCAAGCCCAAGGUCUUCACUUACGACUUGUGUUUAAAGGCCUAAAGUAUGAAAACUUCUCCCAACUAAUCUCCUGGUGGGAAGAAAGAAAACAACAUAGCAAUGAAAUUGAUGAAUUUUCUAUUCCUGCAGCUUGGUUGACCAUCUUUGAUGUCAUCUUUCUUUUGAUCUUCAUACCUCUGUUAGAUCGGCUAAUCUACCCCUUUUUAGAUCGGAAAAACUGUCCGAUACCUUUGCUGGUUCGGAUAAUUUUAGGAAUGGCUUUUGCUGUGAUGUCAAUGCUUGUUGCUGGUGCUUUAGAAACGUACCGUCUUGAUUUAGUUCAAAACAGAAAUGAGACAGUUGUCCAAAUUAUAGGGAACACAACCUAUUAUGCUGCAGACCUGUGGGUGUUUUGGCAGAUUCCUCAAUAUGCUUUAAUUGGUCUCAGUGAGGUCUUUGCAAGUAUUGCAGGGUUGGAAUUUGCCUAUUCCCAGGCUCCUACCACAAUGCAGAGUACUAUCAUGGGAUUUUUCUGUUUUUCUACUGGCUUAGGAAGCUUUCUCGGGACAGGGCUUCUCUUUGCCUUCAAAAAGGUUUGGCUUCCCAAAGAUUACGAUGUCGGCAACAUCAACUAUGGUCAACUGAAUUUGUAUUUUUUUCUUCUGGCAGGAAUCUUAUCAUUGACUUUGUUUAUAUUCAUCUGUGUGUUUAGAAAACUGAGAAUUAGGAAGCCAGGAGCUCAAUUCCCUCAAGAGAGUGUCUCUUUUAGUAGCAGUGUUCAAGAACAAAGAAAUAGAUCCCAGAAAAAACCUCCCCAGACUGAACCUUCUGGUAGUACCAUUUUAGAACAGAGCAUCACAACAGAAAUAAAUCCUCAUGAAAAUGAGCCUUCUACUAGUAACACUCAAGAAUAGAGCACCAUUACAGAAAUAAGAAUCCCAUUUAACUGAAUCUUAUCGGACAGAAAGGCAGAACAAAUCUUUAUUCUCUGAAUCUCUAUAGUGAUAAAACUCGAGGACAGAAGAGAUAGAGCAGUGAAAGGAAUAAUACGUUUAUAAGUGUAAUGCCAUUGAAACUUAUAGAGAAGCAGCAAAGUAUAUUUGCUUUUUUAGUUCAUCUUUAUUUUCAUGUUUUAAUGUUAUUUUUAAUUUCCAUCUUAUUAACGAAAGAUGUAUGCACUUUAUUGUCUUUUUUUUUCUUUACUUUUAGUUUAUAAGGAAGAAACUAAGAUGAAUCUUGGUGCCAAAGAUAUCUUUAAAUCUUGGAUAUUCCUGCUUAUUAGCAAAACAGUUUUAUAUUUUAUUCAUUGUCUGAAAUGAUGAAGAGGCUUAAAAUUGAUGUUUUUUAAACAAGCUUUACUGUUUAUAGUAGUAUAUGUGUGCAGUUUAUUAAACAGUAACCAUUAUGUAUUUUUCUUUGGUUAUUGAAUUGAUACUUAAAGAAGUGAACUUAUGUCCAUUCCUACAGUGUCCCCCUCCUCAUUUUUUUUUCAAUUUUUUUAAAAAGAUUUCAUUCCUGAUAGCUUUAUGAAGGAAUGUUUAUCAAGCUGAAGAAAUGGGAUGAAAUGUGAACAUACAUUUUAAUAUUAGUAAUAAUGUUGUUAUACUAACUAAAAAGUGAAUUUAAUAAUUUUAAAACAAGAUAUUUCAGAGAUCUUAUAUCAUCAUCCAGUAAUGUUUGAUUAAGUAUUUUUGUAUAGAAACAUUGGUAGGGUAUAACUGGAUAAAGUGGUGAUUUUGUCAAAAAAA